UGUGGUAUUGGGUUGGGGGUGUUGGGGAAAAGUUGGUAAAUGAGCAUGUGUAAUUGUGUACGAGCCACAUGUUUACUUCCAAGUUUUAUAUUUAUGUAGAAUCAAGAAAAAAAGUUCGAUACAAUUCUAUUUAUCUAAUUUUAUGUUGAACGAGAAAUAACGAGAAAGAAGAACAUUCAUCUGCAGGUUUUUGAAAGAUAAUUUUCCGAUAGGUAAUUCAGGUAUUUAGCUGCUAUGGCGUUUAUAUCCAGCAAAGUGAAAGCGUUUAAAGAUGACUUAUUUCCUGCAGAGGAUAAAAAAUUCAUCAAAGCGAAAUUAAUUAUGCACCACGUGUUGCUGGAUAAUUUCAUAGAACCGACAGAUACGAUAAGCAACAACGAUCGUACUCCGCUUAGUAUAUUGAGUAAUUCGAAGGAACCUGUUCGCUAUAAAUCUAAGGGGUUCAAUCAUUGCGUAGUACUGCAGAUCCUUCGUAUCGGCACCCCUGGAAAAAAAGAAGCAUUUAUCUUUACUUUAACCAAUCUGAAUACUAACAAAAACUCGGAUCCUAUUAGUAUAACCACUGGAGAUAUUGAUACAUUUCUAAGCACCCAGAACGAGUUUGCUAUUUUAUAUCUCGAUACGAUACACAGAAUUACAAACACCGUUCUUACUUUCCUUCGUGGAAAACCAUCUGCUUCCACCGGUUUAAACAUCAUGAAUAAUGUGAAAGAUCCAUGCUCGGAAGCUGAGAUUACGGAAUAUUUAUAUACUUAAUUAUUAAGGAAUACCUAGUUGAAAUUAUAAAGAUGUAUAAUCGUCAUUGUGAAGAAACAGAAUAAAAAAACACGAAGAAGUA